UUCAUUCCCUUCUCAUAUUUUGUAUUUACGUGCGCGUUACUUUGUUUUCUAAGUGUAAUAAUUAAAGUAAAUAAACUUCCGUCAGAAAUGUGAAUAAUUGUAUAAUGGUUGUGAUAUCAGUGUGCCAAAUUUUGUGCUGUAGAAAUGUAUGUCAUUUACGUUGAUAUUGUUCUCCUUAUUAUUCUGUCAGUUUUAAUUUGUUCUUCGUGUGGAUAUUGUUUCUAUAGACUGUAUCGACUGCGAAAGAGUGGCCAUAUGACAAUACUAUUGCGUCCAACUAAAGUUAUAUUUUCCCAUAAGGAGGAAGGCGAGGCUGAACAACUCAGAACGGUUGUUGCCUAUCAGAAUCCAUUUACUGGAGAUUACUGCAUCAACAAGAGUAAACUUCCCCAGGGAUAUAUAAACAAGUUAGACACCAUUGAUUCACCUGAUAGCGGUGUGUCUGAUGAAUACGAACCUGUUAACUUGCCGCCUUUGCCUGGAAACCAUCCGUCACUGCAGGCCACCAGACUGGAAGGAAUAAGUCCAAUUUAUGACAACAGUACAAUCAAGACAUGGAAAUGGGAGUACACAGAGUAUCAAAUAUAACUACAAACAAAUAUAAUGUUUCUAUGAUGGAGAGGACAGCUCAUACUUUGGCUUACAUUUUAUUACAGUUACUUUGCGGAAAUCCAUAAUUAUCCAAAUUUUUGGAGUAAUCUUGAGCGUAAAAUCAAUUCGACUCCUCUUAACGAGGCAUCCUCAGGACGUGUGUCAGGACUGUGUAGAGGCGCAGUACGUUUCGAAUUGAUUGAAGACAAAUAUCAGCGUAAUUUACCUAUGCUCGAGAUAACUCAAAAAAAUUGGAUUACAUUAUUAUAAACUUAUAUUACAAUAAUAUGUUUGUUAUUAUUUUUAUAUUAAAUAUGUGAUUAUAAAUAAUAAUACAAAAGUUCUAUCAAGUCCUGUUAAGUAAUAGGAUGAAGAUACCUAGAUGUGACGAGCAAAUAAUAUGAACGUGCAUGUUCGUGAUCACAACACACGAGAGUCAUUAGGAAAAAUAUCAGUUUGUUAUUUCUUUUAAAAAUUAUGCUUGCGAACAAGGCUGUUAAAUGUUAUAAAGAACUUCUGUAUCCUAAGCAACGUAACUAUCAACCAAAUCAUUAGUAAUAUCAAAUUAUCUUCCUCGGCACAAAGGCUAAGAUUGUCCGCCAUGUUCUAGUGCGUUUUAUUUUAUCCGAGUAAUAGUAUUGUUUAUUUCUUUCGGCCGUAUGCGCAUGGUAAGUCCAAGUUGUUAGUAAUAUUAAGGUCCAGAAAUGUUGGGCAUAUGAAGUUAUUAAAUAAUGAUUUAAAGUGAUAACCCUCACUGAGCAUACUCAGCAUAAUUUCAGCUGUAAAUUGGCAAUAAAAACGAAACCAAAGAUUAUGCUAAACAUAAACUCAGCUAAGUUGUACGUAAGUAAAGUAUGAGUAACGUCUAAGUACGCUCUAUACAUCUCAGCUUUAGGUUCAGUUAUAAUGUAUCCAUUCGUUACCUCUCGGCUAUAAUUUAAACUUGAUUUAAAACGUUCUGUUAAGAACAAGCCGAAUAUUUCCAAGUCGUGGUACUUUGAAUGGGUAUCUGCAUAUUUUGUUUGUUCAAAAAUUUGACAGUGAAAAACUGUUAUUAAAAAAAAACAAAAUGGCUAAAAAAUCUUGAAAAAUAAAAUAAAUUAAUCCUCACGUCAGUAGACACAUAAUGAGUUUUCCAAUUUCAUAGAAUACUUACGAACUACUUUCGACAAAAUUAAACUUAUAUUAUUAUGACAUACUAAGAGGUGUUUCACAUUACUCCCUUAUUAUAUCAAUUUAGAUUUAAAGCGAAAUAUUGUUAGAAUACAUAAUACGGAUAUUGACAUUUAGCAACAUACAACUUACAAUCUUUACAAUUACGUCAAACAUCUCUUUAUUAUUAAUAUAUAAAGUUUAUCGAUGUUAAUCUUAAAAUGUUUAUUUAAAUAUAAGAGUAUUACAGUCA